UAAACCAUUCAUCAUUUUUCAGACGCAUGUCCCGAGCUUAGAAUCGUCAAUCAAAAUCGGCAGAAUGGACGAGGAUGAGAAAAUCAGUAUGAUGCUCUCUAUGGGCUUCUCAGACAUGAAUGAGAUUAAACGAGCGCUGAGGAAGCAUAAUAAUAACAUUUUAAUUGAAAUUUGUGGUAUAUUCUUAGAGAACGAUUAUUCCUAUACUAUACUAUUACUAUAUAUUACUAUAUUCCUAGAGAACGAUUUUUGGCCGGCGCCUGGAUUCUCGAUGGAUUCUGGAGAGAUGGAUAUCAGCUACAAACCAGAGGAUAUCUAUAAUGCAGGGACUGACAGUGAAUUUCCUGCUCAUGCUGUUUUUGAGUUGGAAAACCGGGUUUUUCAGGAGAAUUGGAGUAUACCAUUUAAACGCGAGGAACUACUUGGUAUAUGCCUUGAAGCCUCCACAAAGCUAGCAAGGGAAGGGGUAGGAGCUCUGGAACAGAAUGCAGCAUGCCUCAAGUUCUUGGAUCAAAUAUUACCCGAGGCAUUCCGUAAACUGCUGACAAGUAAUGCCACAAGUCGAUGGUUAGUUGAGAUACAGGAGGGAAUCAACACAAUGUGUGAACUAUUUAUCGAGCUUCUCACUGCUAUAAUAUUGGUCAAAGGCGUAAUUAAUUUUACCAUUGACCACAAUAUUAUUGUUUUAGCUUUAAUAUUUGAUUACACCAACAUUGAUUUUACCAUUGACCACAAUAUUAUUGUUUUAGCUUUAAUAUUUGAUUACACCAACAUUGAUUUUACCAUUGACCACAAUAUUAUUGUUUUAGCUUUAAUAUUUGAUUACACCAACGACUGGAACAACAAAAACAAAGAGCAAGUUCCUAAAGGAAGAUUUCAGGAACCAGGUGUCCAGAUGUUGCCUGCAUAUGGAGAGCCGCCAAGUGCGCCUACUUUCUAUGCGCGUGAGCAGUAUGGUUGGCUGGUCGACCUAAUUAACCUGUUCGGAGACAGAGACGGAUUUAAGUUAGUCCAGGAGAAACUUAGCAACCCUGAAAACCAGACAGCUAAGAUUAUGUCAAUGCUGCUGCUCCCUUUGGCCAACGCUGCUCCUCUUCUGGCAGCUCCCGUCGUCAAGAAGUUUAUAUUUCCUGGGAUGGAUGCGGCUUUCAAGUUCUCAAAGAGCAUAAAAGAGGAGGAUCUAAAAUCUAAGGAUAUGAACCAUCUGUACGAUCUGUGUUACAGUUUAAAGGUUUUAUGUCAGCAUAUUUGGCCGUCUCAUACUGGAGAAUGUGAUAGUAUAAGACUGGAGAUAAUUGGACGAAUGUUGAAAACUCCGCACUAUAACUGCCGGAUGAUGGGACUUAAGGAGGUAUCCAGACUGAUUGAGGAGUCUGAGAGAAAGAAAUAUAAACAUGCCAUCAGUGGAGAAACAGUAAUGGAAUGGAUGGCUGAGAAUAGAAUUUUAAGUGUAGUUCUCGAGGGUAACAUUGAUCAGGUUCAGUACACAGACAAGAUCAAGGCUAUAGUGGAGUUCCUAGGACCUAAUCUUUCACACGAGGAACUCAGGAACAUUUGGAACCUUGGAGAGAUAAAUCAUGAAUGGUAUGUACAGGAGAAGUGGAAAGUCUCCAACGGUAGAAUAAGAGAGAAGCUUAUCAGGCUGAUUGGACAAAUAGGGAAGGAGACGGUUAGUGCCAAGCAAACUAAACCGGCUUUAUCUGUCCUCACGCUACUCUGGGAGGUUGCGCAUUUUCCUGGUUUACCCCGUCACCUGGUGGAGCGUGCCUUCAAGGAACACCUGGACACACUCUCCGAGAUAAAUCUUAAUAUUGACGCCACCAGGCGGCUCUAUAUCCUCGCCUGUGUCGACGAUAUCAAGAAGACCAGCGGGUGUUUCAUCCCUUCAGUGAAACAUCUUCAUGAUAUCUGUAGGAAUUAUGGGUCCAAGGCAUCAUCAGCUUAUCAAAAGGCCAGUAAGCAGACCUUGUCAGAAUUGAACAAGCAGCAUGAAAUAGUGAAACUGAUCAGUACAAGUCUAAGCAAGGCACACAAUCAAGCAGUUCAGGCAGCUAAAUCUCAAGGCCUUGCUCUCAAGCCUGAUACUCUGGUUGACAGCAUGUACACUCACCAGGAGUCCGUGGACACCCACCUCGACCUCAUGAUGUUUCUUCUCAAAGAGGGGGAUCUUUAUCUCUCAUGGCCCAGAUGUAAGGAACUGUGGUCUACCCUGGUGGACAACGAGAACUCUAUACAGAUGGACCAGGAUUGUAUUUUCACCUGGUUUACGAGCUGUAUGUCUGACCUAGAAGCAGAAACACAAAGACAAUUCUUCAGAGAGAAGUUGUUAAGCCUUUCCCCGACUGCAGUCAGUCAGAAUAGUUUUACAUGUUUGCGCAAAUAUUUUGAGACCGUUAACGCAAGCGAAGCCCGGUUAAAGAAGAAUUAUACCUCAAUAGUUGUAGAAAAAAUUGACUUAAUUGGAAUUGAAUACUUUUGGGAUAUUAUCACUGAUUCUGACAAGGAUGAUAUAGCUGGUCGAGGAAUAGAUUUAGUCCUGGAGAUGGCAUAUUUAAAUGUGUCGCCUAAACUCAAGAAGGAGCCAACUGAGUUGCACAACCACUUCAUCAAGACCUGCAUAGGUCGUCUAGAAAAAACAUGGAGGGAGGGAGAUGAUUGCCACCUAGCGGUACAACAAGAUUCCGUUCUCUCCUCUCCUGUAACCAAAGGAGCGAAAAUUCAGAAAAUUCGACGCUUACUCCUCCUGGCGGAGAAAUAUAUAAUGUCUGUUGAAGUAUUGUUUAACGGAAAGCGAACUAUUCUCCCUCAUGCUUCGACGUUCUACGGUCGGCCACUAACGAUUAAAGUUCGAGUGGAACCACAAAAAGAAGAGUUUGACAUAGAAUCCCACACCAAUGAGUCAGUUGGUUUGGUCAAGACGAAGAUUGCGGAGCGUCUACAGAUAUCCAUAGGUUCUUUAACUGCAGUCAGUGUGGACUCAGGAGAAGACGAAAUUCUACUUGAGAGUGGGAGAGGGAAGGACUCCAGACUUGUCAGUUUUGUCGGAGACUCCCAGGGACAAACAUGGAAGGUGAAGACCCUGAGUUCAAGUUUAGCUGGGGCAGGAGGUGGAGCUAGUAGUUCCACAUCAAUAGUUCUAUUCCAAGGCGGAGGAGGUUUCGGACCUGCCGUUCAACCCUCCGCUCAGGCAAAUGCUUCCGCCGCGGUAGAACCAGAAAAUACAGAUAAACCAGUUACAGGGGAUAGUAUAUCAAGCUGUCGACAGCAGUAUGAUCUAGAAGAGGAGCGAACACUGCCUGGAGUUCUAAUAGCAGCAGAUCCUAAGAUAUUCCAACUUCUUUACCAGUUGGCUAGUAUAGAGGAUUCCUCCGUCCUGGCAGGUAUCCGCCGUCUGAUUCAUCUUAUCCCGGCGGACGGAGAUGUAGGACAAAUCUUGGAGAGUAUUGGACAUCUAAACCAUCUUUCAGGGGCAGAUGCUAGCCCUAAAAUGUCACCAAGAAUUAAGAAAUCUCUUUUGACGUCCGGGAAUUCUGAAGUUUUGGAGAAAAUAUUAGAUGCUUCUGCACCCAGUAUGACGCCUUUCAGGGUUCUAUAUAAUUUAGAGGUCUUAAGUAGUCGAAUCAUGCCCAGCACGCUUCCAAACCGAUCAUCGGCUAAGUUCGGCGAGGAUUUUGUUCGAACCGGCGGUCUUCGACAAAUUCUCAAUGUCCUCGAUAAAGACGCUCUGCCCUUCGAUGUGGAUUACGAUAUUCGUCAGUCUGCGUAUCUGAUAGCGCUGCAGCUUGCUGGAUACUUGCUCUGUGGACAGACGGUGCUCCAUGAUGAGACGAGCUCUAUGGCGAUCUCAAAUCCAGUGGCAAGUCCCAACAUCAGGCCAACUCCACCAAAAAAGACCGCAUUAGAUCUGUCUCUACCAGAAACCAGAUCUCCGUUGACCCUGUCUGCCAGCAAGAUUGUACAAACUAUGCCUGAGGUUGAGUUUGUUGAGCUGGUGUCCUGUUUGGUCCGAGUAACCUGGGCAUCUGCUGCCGGUAAACUGUUCCUUGCUUCUAUGGGGAUACAGUCUGCCCCACGACCUGAGCGUGUUUAUAUUGGUCGAAGGAGCCGUGAUAGUUCUACAGGGAGCAGUGGAUCCCUAGGGAGUGAAGGGAGUACUGAGCAAUCCCUCCAUGCUGGUGUUUGUGCUCAGCAGCAGGAGGUGUCACCAGCUGACUGUCAGAUUGCAGGUGAGGCUCUUGAGUUGCUUGUCACCUGCUUGAGCUUACGACAGAACCUACUGCCCCGGUUCUACAAGCUCCCCUCUGUCAACGACUUCAUCAUAGACACAGUCCUUGGCUCACCGGCAGCUACGGUCAGACAAAGAGCUGUUAGUCAGUUUCUCAGGUUGACUAAGAUCAAGGUCGUAUCACGGAAUCUCCUGCUUUCCGAUGCCAGCGGAGAUAUCAGAGAUCCAAAACAUUUUCUCACAAACCUUCUGAUAAAAACCCCGGUCCCUCUUUGGAUUCCUAGCUGUAAAUCCAGGACAACUAGCCACCAGAUCAUGAGCAACUGUGGUGAAUAUUUGGAUCUUCGAUGUGAACUCCUGAAAAAUCUUUCCUUGGACGACCAGGAGAGACUGAAUGUGAAUGCCAAGCAGAUGAUAGAAGAUGAAAUUAAUUGGCUUCAGAUGUUCUCCCCUUGUAAUAGGAUAAAUGAUAGUGCAUUACUAGCUGGGCAUAUAAAGCUGAUUAGAUCAUUACUAACAUGUGAAGGAGUUUCUAAGGAAGAGGUGGGUAAAACAUUAAUAGAGAGUUUAAUCUGUCUUCAUCUAUUUCCGGCCAGUAAACUAAUCAGUGAAGGAGGUCUCAACAGUAACUGUAUCUCUAGCAAAGAUAUCAGUCCCUUGCUGGAUACUGAAGAGUCGAGGCUAGCAGCCUACUCUCUACUUCAGGAGUUAGCUCAGGGCUCUAUUCCUAAUUUAGAUCUCAUUUCAAAGAUGUUGAUUGAUCUUCAUCAUCAGUUUGAUUUAAAUCUUGUGAAAGAGCACAUGUUUGAAUAUGAGCCCGCAAUAGAGAGAAGAGCCGACUGCAACUAUGUUGGUUUAAAAAAUGGAGGUGCCACAUGUUACAUCAACUCUGUACUUCAACAGCUGUUCGCCGUUCCGGGAGUUGCGGAGACAUUGCUGGCGAUAAAUCUUGACAAGGUAGAGGAGGAUUCUGCCUUCUUCCAGUUACAGGCUGUGUUUGCUCAUCUGCAGGAGUCUAAACUCAAAUAUUAUGUUCCCGACAAAUUCUGGACAUGUUUCCGGUUAUGGGGUCAGCCUGUGAAUGUGCGCGAGCAGCAAGAUGCUUGCGAGUUUUUUAUCCAAGUUGUUGAUCAGGUUGAUGAGUAUCUCCAUUCGAUGAAGAAAGAAAAAAUCUUUUCUAAUCUUUUUGAAGGAGUUUUCUCUGACCAGAAAAUUUGUGAAGGAUGUCCUCACAGAUAUGAGAGAGAGGAGAAGUUUAUGUCACUAAAUCUGGAAAUCAAAUCUGGAAAUCUGGAGGAAUCCUUGCGUCACUAUGUGCAGGGUGAGCUGCUUGAAGGAGAUAACGCGUACUUUUGUGAGAAAUGUGCACAGAAGAGGAAUACGGUCAAGCGGAUGUGCAUACGAAAGCUUCCCUCCACCCUGGUAAUACAGCUUAAGAGGUUCCACUACGACUGGGAGACAAAUAGAUCUAUGAAAUUUGAUGAUUACUUUUCCUUUCCCCGAGUGCUGGACAUGGGUCCGUACACUGCUGAGGGGAUCUCAGCUCAGGAAGACAAAGAUAACCUCCAGGCGAAGUUAAGUCCUGGUCUCUCUCUACAAUCCUUCUCCAGAAAUAUCAGUGUUAACUUUGAUCUCGUUGGAGUAGUUGUGCACAGUGGACAAGCUAAUGCUGGACACUAUUAUUCAUUCAUAAAGGAGAGAAAAGGACAUUCUGUUGUGAAUUCCAACAAGAAUAAAUGGUUUAAAUUCAAUGAUACAACCGUAGAAGAAAUCAACAUGACAGAUGAAACUCUUGAGGCAGAGUGUUUCGGAGGCAAAUUCAGAACCAAGAAGAAGGAGGGCAGCAAUCUGCCGGAAGAACGACAGAGAUACUGGAACGGGUAUAUCCUGGUUUACGAGGCAAGAAAUGAAAACAAGAAUCAAAGAACUCCUAAAAAAAGUUUCUGCGGUGGAUCCUCAAGAAGAUCCGUUGGACCUGCAAUGGUACGGCGAUUAACCCUACCCUCCCGUAUAUCUGAGCCUGGAGGGCGGGGGGUAGAGGGGGGAGAUCUCCUGGUAAGGGAGAGCUUGAGUGAGUUGUCCAACCUGCUAGAGAAGGGAGAGAAGCAGGGAAUAUUCAGCAGUAAGAUGCCUCCUCUUAUAGGUAAGGAAACUGGGUUUGUUUACAAUCUGUGUACUGUCAAUAUAUCUGGAAGUAGAAGAGAAUCCUUCCAACCAACUCUGCAGGAGGAUAUAUCAAUGGAUGUUGAUUCACAAAUUCAGGAGUUGUACACGUGUUCUCUCAGAUUAGCGGUCAACUUCUUCCUCAAUACAUACUGCCAUGUCAGAAGGAGAAGAAGAUAUAUCAUGAACGACUGGGUUGACAACAUAGAGAACAUUAUAUCAAAAAGUCAAGUUUCCUGUUCCUGGCUAGUCACAUUCUUCCAUCAGGAUGGACAUAAGUACCUGAAGCCUUAUCUUCUAGAGUGCACCACCAGAGAUGUUAGGAGUCAAUUUUCCUGUAUUCUUGAGAAAUUGUUCUCAAACAGUUAUAAACAUAAACGUCGAGAUCCUUCGUUACAGCAGGGUCCUGUGGUUGAUGUACUUGAAUACCUACUAAGCCUGUUGGAGAAGGAUGUAUCAGACAGUGUUAAAUACUCUAGUCAAUACUUCUGGGUUCUGUCAAUGUAUGCCCAGAUGGGUUCAGAUGCCUGCUCUGAUCUCUUUAGCUUAGGAAUAUUCUCUGCCUGCAUCAAGUUUUUACUCGGGAUAAAUCCAGAGGAGGAUGGAGAAGAUCCGGACAGGAAACGGAAACAGUGGACAGGAAACCAGGUUCGUGAGUUCUCCCACCUACACUCUCUUCUCUCCUUCUUGAUCCUAUCCUGUGAUCUCUCUCCCUUCUCUGAUACUAAACCUAAACCUGGCAGCAUCAACCCUAUUCAGGAACGAAGCCGGAAGACUUCGGAACGAUCCACGUCGGACCGACAUCGAUCAGGAACGGAUAAUUCCGUCAGAGGAAAGGAGCGGUCUGGGCGCCAUGAGUCCGGAUCGGAUCAGGAUCGGAGCGGAACUGAAAAGUUCUAUGCCCAACUGGAGAUGCCAACGCAGGUGUCUGACCUCCUGUAUGGAAAGUACACCGAGGAUUAUAUCGCGGAAUCGGUCUCGUUACUUCGUGAGAAUUCGAAUAGUUUAGUUGUUGACAUGCUGCUUGGGAUCUCUUACUGUAGCAAGAGUGUAUCUGAUAUUGUGGUUGGUGAGGUACUGAAGCAGUAUACUGCUGCCCACGCUAAUCUUCUCAAGCAUCUCUCCCAUCUACUUGUAGAGAUUCUCUGUAUUUCCGAUCCUCUACAGUCUGACCGGCUCCAGCUAGCUAUCUACAGUGACAAGGGUCUCCUAGAUCUGGUUCAGGCUUGUCAGAAAACAGAUUCAUCUAGAGCUUAUCAGGCAAUUAAAGUAUUGGUGAGUGCUUCGAGUAAACAUCAAGCUGUAAAAGAUCAUCUCUUUAAUGAGCCUGCCAGAUGGCAGUGGGCUGUGAACUGGUUGAAAACUAAGAUGGAAUCUGAAACCUGGUCUAAUCUGGAUUCUAAAGAAGAGAGUAACGAGGGGUCAGCUAACAGAACCUUUCACAGAACUACUUCUGCUCAAGUAACUCUCGAGGAAGCUAACGCAAUGCUGGCUGAGUUUGAUACUGAUAUCGUUAUGGAGGAUGGGGAUGAUACAGAUAAGAAGACUGAGAUGAAUCUAGACGAGAAUGAAAUCUCCUCAACCUCCUUCAAAUCAAAACCUUGA